GCACUGUGAGAAAGGGUGAGGCAGGGAACCAAUGACGGAGGGGGACCAACCGAAGGGAGGAGAUGUGCAUGGGGGAAGAAAAGAGAAACAAUAGAGGGCUACCGGUAGGGCGUCACGAUCAUCCCAAUGCCGGGAGCUCAGUUGUAGCAGCCGCGGGGAUAGUGGAACCUCGAAGACAUAACGUUGUGAUGUUGUGAUGGUGGUGGUGGUCGUCUCUUAAAAGUUUUGUGGUGCGAGUGACAGCAUCGAAUCGAGUCGUGUUACGGUCUGGCGAAAACGCCCCACGCACCUCUGCCGCCAACGCCCGCACCUCUGCGGCCACUUUUUUUCUGUGGUUCCCUCCAACCGCCACCAACAACAAAAAAUCCCCUCCACAACAUCAACAACAUCAUCACCAUGCUGCUGACAACAACAACAACAACAACAACAACAACCAGACAACAAAACACAACAGUUUACAGCAAAAGAGGGUCCAAUCCGGGAAUCGAACCCGGGACCUCCUGCAAAUUCUCGUGUAGGGUUAAGGUUAACCUCUAUACAGCCCGAAGCAGGAAUCAUACCUCUAGACCAAUUGGACUCCACUUUCGUGACAAGAAGUGUUGUAUAAAUACUCAAAGCAAGUCAUUUCAGGGAAGAUGUCAAUGAAAGAUUGAGGGGACUGCUCUGGCUAGCUAGCAGUACAUGUAGGGAGGGAAGCUAUCUCUCCUGUUCUUGGUUGCUUGGCGAUGGAGGAUUCUGAUUGUGUGUCAUUCGCAUUGCAAGAAACUGCGAGGAAAGGGGUAUAGUAGAAGUGGGGCUCACGAAGAAGAACGAUUGAGUAAGCAUCGAAUAGCGGUACAAACCUUGUCUGACCAUACGGUGCCGCAAGGUGAGCUUUGACGCAGCUGUGGCUCGAAGCUAGCGUGGGGCCAGUCUAUUCAUAGAAUGUUGGCGUCACACCCUCUCAGCAGGCCAGUAUGGCUGGUGAGCAGACUCGAUUGUGGGAAUACCUGCGCCUAUGACGGGGGUUUUGAAUAGGAGGAUUAUCUACGGAAGCCAUCGAGUCUUGCUCUGGUUAUGCCCCACCGGAAUGUCAAGUCUGAACCUAUCCAUAGAUGUAUGUUGACAUUUCCCCCUGAAGUGUAGGUUCGUCGCUUUUCUUAAACAGGACGACAAAUUCGUUCCUCCAAGAGCACGCUCAGCAAGACGCACUUCUGAGUGAACACAGAAUGGAGAUAGCCUCCCUUGCCCUUUGCCUUGAUGGUGGCGCUGGAUGUGGUUCGAGCUGCCAAUGGCCGGAGCCGGAAACCAAUCGGUGAGGUGUUUUCUUCAUUCCAAUUAGCGGCACUGCAAUCUCAAGCAAGAGCCUGCUCCUUUGGUUUUGCCCCCAACAACCGUAAAUCUUGCUACAAAGGGUGGGCUGAGGAGUUCGGCUCAGGGCGUCGUGCUCAACCCGAAGCUGCUCACAAUUUGAACAUGGCGCACCUUUUCUCAUCUUGGCACCCUUCGUUCAGUUGAAGCGAUAUUUGGACGCCAAAAGGACAGCACAGCUCUGAAUUGCUUUGCUAUUUAGAUAUCAUUGCAUCCAAUAAUACAAUGUGGUUACCAUCACGGACAGCUGCCUCUGUUGGGCCGACAAGGCAACGUCGUCAACAAGUAGCGGUUGGCCUGAUUGUUGGAUUUCUGUUGGCAGCCAUUGGUCUGAACAGCGCUAGUCGAUAUUUACCCGAGUUCAUCCCAUCUCUUGGUUUCAGCAGGUCCCUUGAAUUGCGAGGGGAAAACGCGAUCAUUUCCAAUGCUACCGCAGGCGUAUUGGAUUGGAUCACUUUGGGUGGAUUCGGAACCGUCAAUGAGAAACCAACGGAUGAUGGAGGCAGCCAUGGCGACGACUUGCCGCCAUCCGAGUCACACGCCAUCAUUCCGCCCACCAUGAUUGUAUACACAAGAGAACAACUGCGAUACAUGUACACUGAAUUCGUUGAACGAGAGGUCCAUUUCAACAAUUGGAAUUUGGGUUGCAAUGAUCUGCAGUUUGUGGCGCCCUAUCUCAAAGCAAUCAUGGAUCGGCUAUCGUGGAACUCCAUCGUGGGAAAAGACCGGUUAUCGCAAGGUCAAAGACGACAAAUUAUUGUGGAUGUGGGUGCCAACAGUGGCGAUGAUGCUCAGUCCAUCCUCGGAACCUUUCAACCCGUUCGGGGCAUGUGUUGGCGAUGGGGUACGCCACUGCUCUUGCUCAGCAUUGAACCAUCGCCCAAGGUGUUUUGCGAAAUGACAGAGGCCAUAAGGAAGCAACCGCCGCCACACAAGGACCUGCAGCGAGUUCAUUUGCUCAACGUUGCCUUAUCCAAACAAACAGGCAAUCUCGUCUUUCAGGAUCCAGGCAAUGAAGGAGGCCGAAUCGUCGACUCGAACUUUACUGAGUUUGGUCUCAUGACACGGCAAGAGUGGUCCAAUGUGACCAAGUGUCGCCUGUCUGCUGACAGUUACAAGAACCAAUCUGUGGAUUACAAACGACAAAGCGUUGUCCCGACGUACACACUGGAUCUACUCAUGGACUCGCUGGAGGCGCUAGGCAAGCUAGGGCCUGUCAACACCAAUGAGACCACCAAAGGCAAAGGAAUAUUUGCUCUGAAGAUUGACACAGAGGGUCAUGACUACAAUGUGUUGUUGGGGUCCAAGAACUUGCUAGAGCAGAAACGAAUUGAGUUUGUCAUUUUUGAAGUGUCCAGGAACGACUUCUUGUGGGGAAGUGUCAAGUACAUGACGUCUGUUGGUUAUGAGUGCUACCUUCUUGGACCACAAUGGCUCAUUCCCUUGCACCUGGAACAUCACUGGUACAAACACAUGAAUAACUUUACCAUCUAUUGGUGGGGCAAUGCACUUUGUGGCAUUUCUGGUAGCAAGACAAUGGCCAUGCUUUGGAGGAGUUAUCACAGUGAUGACUUGAAACUGGCAAGUUCCUAUGAGGUUUUGUAUGAUACUUGAGGUAGGGUGGACCCAUCUAGGCAUCCAGAUAUCCAGACAUACCGGUACAUGCUGCCGUUUUGGGGGAUUGAGAAGCAAGUCCAGCUCCUGCAAACGAAUACUUCAAUCAGGAAGAUAGUGAAAAGCAGUCUGUAGUAUGCCCCUCCCCCAGUGUACUGCUGCUCCAACAAAGCUUUUGCCCAGUUAACUUUCUAGCGGCUAGAAUAGAAAGAAGGGUUUCUAAUUUCAUUAUUUCACAGGCUGCUAUUUUGAGCAUGGUGGACAAUCAAUUGUGGGGGCAGUCUAAUCUGUAGAACAAUGCUAUGC